AUGGUCCACUGGACGGCCGAAGUGACCGUCCACCAAGCAUAUCGCGCACUCUCAGACCUUAACAAUGUGUUUUGUGGGUUUUACCUCUGGGACUACUUCAAGGAUAUCCGCUAUGAGUUGACGUAUCUGAGAAGACAAGACAAGCGCUCGUGGAUGGCGUUGUGCAACGUUGCGUGCCGCUUCGCCACACUGGUCUCCGUCAGCCUUCUUCUCGCAAUGAUGAACCUUCCCGGUCCAUCAUAUUGCCAGGCGAUCUGGGUGACGCUCGCGUUCCUAUCGUCUAUUUCGGCCCUUUGCGCCUUAUUCAUCCUCGCGCAUCGAAUAACGUUGGUAUGGCCCGGUAACCGACCAGUACAAGUUGGCGUGUCAGUCGCAUGGGUAGCUGCGGCAGCAGGCUCGCUAUACCGUAUCUUAAAAGCACACUCUACAUGGGACUACGCUGUGGCUUUGUGCACUGUCCAAGACACAGUUUGCCUCCGCGCCCCGGCGUUCAUUCUCCUUGUCGUUAACAUCCUCUUCAUGUCUCUUUUGCUCUGGGGCUGCUACACGCUGCCUUCAAUCGCUGUAAUAUCUUUCUGGGUCAAACUAUACCGUCUAGGAGCUACCCCUCUUGCGGUAGCUACUCUGCUCCAACUUGCUUUCACUGUACUUGUAUUUGUAAAUCUUGAUGAUGCCAUGAAUUUGAUGUUCCAUGCACCUGCUGUCAUAUUGCUGUCUGUCGCGUCAACGCGCAUAUAUCGGGCACUCGAGCCCUACCACAAUGGCACAACUCAUCUCUCCCGCGUCUUCGUUGGCACGUCCUUCAUGACGGACCCGGAGAUGCUAUUUGCCACAAAUCCUGCCCUUCCCAGGACGCCGCACACGCCGAGGACUUCGAGGAGCUCUUCCAAUGAGCCAGACACGCCCGGGCGCUUGGAUGCGCGCGGAACUGGGUCAUCUGUAUCUCUUCAGCUGUUGAAGGAUGGGCCUUCUCUCAGCUUAGUUCGUCUUUGUCAGUCGGAAGGGGACUUGAGUAAUCCACAUACACGGACAAAAUCUCGAAUACCAUGA